AUCUUGAACCGUCUGAUGGUCAGUUAUGACCCGAGAAUAAGGCCUAACUUUCAAGGGAUCCCAGUGGAGUCGCGGGUGAACAUCUUCAUCAACAGCUUUGGGUCCAUCCAGGAGACCACCAUGGACUACAGAGUGAACAUAUUCCUCCGCCAGCGAUGGAACGACCCUCGCCUGCGACUCCCGACUGACUUCAAGAGUGACUCCCUGACGAUUGACCCCAACAUGUUCCAGUGUUUGUGGAAACCAGACCUUUUCUUUGCUAAUGAGAAGAACGCAAACUUCCACGAUGUCACACAGGACAACAUUCUGCUCUUCAUCUUCAGGAACGGAGAUAUCUUAAUCAGUAUGAGGCUGUCGGUGACUCUGUCUUGUCCCUUGGAUCUUCAACUCUUCCCAAUGGACACACAGCGGUGUAAGAUGCAGCUGGAAAGCUUUGGCUAUACCACCAGUGAUCUUGUGUUCAUGUGGCAGUCGGACCCGGUUCAGAUGGAUGAGAUUGCUCUCCCGCAGUUUGAUAUCAAACAAGAGGACAUCAUCUAUGGAAACUGCACAAAAUACUAUCAAGGAACAGGAUACUACACCUGCGUUGAAGUGAUCUUUACGUUGCGUCGGCAGGUUGGUUUCUACUUGAUGGGAGUUUAUGCGCCAACUCUGUUGCUUGUCGUUUUGUCCUGGUUAUCAUUCUGGAUCAACCCCGAUGCCUCAGCUGCCAGGGUGCCAUUGGGUAUUCUAUCGGUGCUCUCUCUCUCCAGUGAGAGUAUGCUCUUGGCGUCGGAGCUGCCAAAGGUCUCCUACGUAAAAGCCAUCGAUAUCUGGCUCAUAACCUGUCUACUCUUUGGUUUUUCAUCACUGGUGGAAUACGCUGUGGUGCAGGUGAUGCUGAACAGUCCCAAGCGGAUUGAGGAGGAGAAAGCCAAAAUGGCUGAGAAAGAGAAAGCGUUGCAAGAGAAAGAAGGAAAGAUGGCUUUAAAUAAAGCUAAGAACACAGUGAAUGGGACCGGAGGAACGCCCAUACAUGUCAACACUUUGCAGGUGGUAGAAACUCGCUGUAAGAAAGUUUGCACCUCCAAGUCGGACCUUCGCGCCAACGACUUCAGCAUCGUGGGAUCCCUCCCACGAGACUUUGAGCUGUCAAACUUUGACUGUUACGGUAAAGCGGUUGAGGUGUUGGGGGGCCUCAAGUCCCAGAACAAAGCCAACAAGAAACCGGCGCCGCCCAAGGCCGUCAUACCUGCCGCCGCCAAACGCGUCGACCUCUACGCACGGGCCCUCUUCCCCUUCUCCUUCCUCUUCUUCAAUGUGGUCUACUGGUCCGUCUAUCUGUGA